CCCUGUGACGUGUUAUUCAGCGGCCGGGUUGCGGUCAGGUCCUCAGGAGGUUCUGGUUCUGGUUCUGGAGGACAGGCAGUUUAAUCAGGUUAACAUCAUGGCUCUGAGGCUGAUCCGGCUGGUCCUCCCAGCAGGAACAUCAGCUCUAACAGCGGUGAACGUGACUCAGCAGGCAGGCGUUCACACCAGCUCGGUGAGAAGCCUCCGGUAUGGCUGGUGGGCCUACGCACUGGGCGAGAGGACGACGCCGCGGUUAAAUCAGCACAGUAAAAUCAUCACCCUGGAUGGCAACUUGUCGUCAGGGAAAGGAGCGCUGGCCCAGAAGCUGGCCGAUAAGCUGGGGAUGCUCUACAUGCCUGAGCCCGACACUUUCUACAUGGACAAGAUGACCGGGGAGAAGGAGCCACUUCCUGUCGACUUCAACGGGAUGUGCAGCCUGGAGAAGUUCUACACAGACCCCAAAGCUGCCGACGGAAACAGCUACAGACUGCAGCUCUGGAUGUACCUCAUGAGGCUGCUUCAGUACUCCGACGCCAUCGAACACCUGCUCACCACAGGCCAAGGCGUGAUCCUGGAGCGUUCUCCCUUCAGUGAUAUCGUCUUCCUGGAGGCCAUGUUCAAAGAGGGAUACAUCAGAAAGGAGUGUGUGGAGCACUACAAUGAGAUCAAAGGCAUCAGCAUCUGUGAGUUCCUGCCUCCUCACCUCGUCAUCUAUGUCGACCAGCCAGCUGAGGAAGUGCAGAAGAAGCUAAAACAGAGCAGCAAGUCCUAUCUUCAGAAUGUGCCCCUGACAUAUCUGAAGGCCAUCGAGGACAGCUACAAGAAGUCUUUCCUGCCCAAAAUCAGCGAAACAACAGAAGUGUUGGCUUAUGAUGCAACCCAAGCCCAAGAUGUAGAAAGGGUGGCAGAAGACGUGGAGUAUCUGAAGUUUGACAAAGGGCCGUGGCUGGAGCAGGAUGAUGUCACCUACCACCACAUGAGGAUUCUCGUGGAAGACAAACAGAUGGUGGCAAACCUGGCCCACAUACCCAAGUUUCUGCCAGAGAUAACCAUCGGGGCCCACGACUACGAUGAAAAAUACUACGCCUUUAAAUCGCUCCCUGGGAAGAAGUAUGCUGCUGGUUAUAAUGCAGAUGUUGGAGACAAACACAUCUGGCUGAAGUGAAGUGAGUCCUGUCACUGAUUCAUCCCUCGCCGCUGGCUGAUCAGCUCCCUCAGUGAGCUCGUAUUGACCCGGUUCCCUCCUGUUGUACAUCCUAAAUAAUAUGUAUGUAUUAAAAGAAUAAAUUUUGAAUCUACAAAA